AUGGCGACUCUAGUUGACUCGAUUCUCAAUUCAGACGCCUUUGGCGCAGCGCCUUCCUCACCGCGACGGAGUCAGAACGGCUUUCCCUCCUCUUCCAGACCGCGCCCCUUGCUCUCCGAGAGCAAUGGCAUACCCUCCGAAGCCGAUGUCUUUCCCGACGAUGAAGUUGUCGGCGCAGCUCGCGGUCGGCCGCGGAAUCCGCUAGAUCGCAACGUCUCACAGGUUACGGACAAGGCAGGUGAAAAAGUACAACAAGCCUUUGAAGACUUUCUCGAGUCCCAUAUCGAAGAACCCCCCUCAUCAGGAGCGCCUCCCUCGAGCGAAUUGAGAACAGACAAAUACUACAUCAAUCAGAUCCACGGCUUGCGAGAAUUUCAGCUCUCGACGCUCUACGUGGAUUUCCGCCACCUGCUAUCUUAUAAAGAAGGCCCUAUUUUGGCAGAUGCGAUCGCAAACCAAUUCUAUCGGUUUCAUCCAUUCUUACUCAGAGGACUACACAAUCUUUUGGCUAAAUAUGAGCCAGUCUACUUCAAAGAUCACCGCCAGAUGACCAGCAAUGCUUCGCAGGCAGGUACAUCGAUGGCGGGCAACGCGACCAGCGUAGGGAGCAGUCAGGGUGACAAACCACUGAAUCCACAGACGGACAAACUCUUCGCGCUGGCAUUUUACAACCUCCCCCUAGUGUCUCGAGUACGGCAGCUGCGAACAGAUCAAAUUGGCAGAUUACUUUCUAUCUCGGGUACCGUGACGAGAACUUCAGAAGUACGUCCCGAGCUGGCCCUCGGGACCUUCAUCUGCGAAGCGUGCAACACCACCGUGCCAAAUGUUGAACAGACAUUCAAAUAUACAGAGCCCACCGUGUGCCCCAACCUCACUUGUGGCAACAAGAUCGCAUGGCGGUUGGACAUCAGAAAUAGCACGUUUGUCGAUUGGCAGAAAUGUCGAAUCCAGGAGAACAGUUCUGAGAUCCCCACCGGAAGCAUGCCACGCACAAUGGAUGUCAUUCUCCGAGGAGAGCAAGUCGAGCGGACGAAGCCUGGUGAGAAGUGUGUCUUCACAGGCACUCUGAUUGUCGUGCCCGAUGUUUCCCAGCUUGGAAUUCCCGGCGUAAAACCCGAGGCCUCAAAGGACAAUCGAAAUUUUCGAGGUGCAGAUGCUGGUGGCGCAGGAGUAUCAGGCUUGAAAGCACUGGGUGUUCGAGAUCUGACUUACCGGAUGGCAUUUUUGGCCGGUUUCUCGAGCCCUGACACCACGACAGCAGGUCAAUCAGCGAGUCAACUGAACGGUCAAUCAACCAACAUCCUAAACUCUCUCCACCAGAUUGAUCUCUUUGAUCAAUACGACAGUGGCACAAAGGCUCAAGAGGCAUACCUGGAAACUCUGACACAAGCCGAGAUCGAUGACCUGAAGUAUAUGGUGCAUUCCGACAAGAUCUACAGCAGACUUGUUCAGAGCCUCGCACCCAUGGUUUAUGGCCAUGAAAUAGUGAAGAAAGGUCUUCUGUUGCAACUCUUGGGCGGCGUGUCAAAAAUGACACCGGAAGGAAUGCCGCUCCGAGGCGACAUCAACAUUUGCAUCGUUGGUGACCCGUCAACUUCCAAAUCCCAAUUUCUCAAGUACAUCGCUUCUUUCCUCCCUCGGGCCGUUUACACGUCAGGAAAAGCGUCCAGUGCAGCAGGUCUGACAGCCGCGGUGGUCAAAGACGAAGAGACUGGCGAACACACCAUUGAAGCGGGGGCGCUCAUGCUCUCUGACUCCGGCACCUGCUGUAUUGACGAAUUCGACAAGAUGGACUUGACCGACCAGGUGGCCAUUCACGAAGCCAUGGAACAGCAAACCAUUUCCAUCGCCAAAGCGGGCAUCCAUGCUACAUUGAACGCACGCACAAGUAUUCUGGCUGCCGCAAACCCCAUCGGCGGUCGCUAUAAUCGCAAGGCGACUCUCAGGUCAAACAUCAACAUGUCAGCGCCCAUCAUGUCUCGCUUCGACCUUUUCUUCAUCAUUCUCGAUGAAUGCAACGAGACGAUAGACCGUCACUUGGCCGACCACAUCGUCAACCUGCACAUGCUGAAAGAUGAAUUCGUACAACCCGAAUUCUCCACGGAACAGCUUCAACGUUAUAUCAGAUUCGCCCGCACCUUCAAACCUGUCUUCCUGCCCGAAGCAAAGAAGCUCUUGGUAGAGAAGUACAAAGAGCUGAGAGCAAAUGACACCGGUGGCGUGGUGGGGAAGAAUUCGUACAGAAUUACGGUCAGACAGUUGGAGAGUCUGAUCAGACUGAGCGAAGCAAUUGCCAAAGCGAAUUGUGUGGAAGAAAUAACGGAAGUCAUGGUAUAUGAAGCGUUUGAUCUGCUUCGUCAGUCGAUCAUUAGCGUCGAGAAAGACGAUGUCGACGUCGAAGACGAUGAAGAGGAAACCCCGGACCGAGGAGAUGACGCCGAGCGUCAGCGAGACGGAGAUAGUCCCAUGGCUGAUGGUGACAAUGACCACCAGGGUGAGGCCAACUCCAGAGCUCGUGGCGCGUCUGCAACCCCUGCUGCAGCUCCACGACACACCACGAAAAUCACCUUCGAGAAAUACAACACCAUUCAAACCAUGCUGGCGACGCGUAUACGAGACGAGGAAGACCGUACCGGGGAGGGUCCCGAGCGUGACGCAUUGUUGUUGUGGUACCUGGAGCAGAUCGAGGAUCAGCUGGGAAGUGAAGAAGACGUGGAGCGCGAGAGGGGCCUGGCAAGGAAAGUGCUGAAGAAGAUGGUCAAGGAUAACAUCAUCAUCGCGAUCCGCGGAGAAGGCCUCGUUGAAGCGGACGAAGGCGACGCGGGGGAGCCUUCGACAACAAACCAGAACCAGCGACUAAUUUACGGUCUGCACCCGAACUGCGGCAUCUUCGACGACGAAUGA